AGACGUUCAUUAUAAUGUGUGGCACAGCGAUGAGUCCGAUUGGCGACGCAUUUCGGAACCGUCUGCGCAUGUUCCCGUCUCUGAUUAACUGCUGUACGAUCGACUGGUUCCAGGCCUGGCCUACAGACGCUCUGGAGAUGGUCGCUAACAAGUUCCUGGAAGAUGUGGAGCUGGAGACUCACAUUAGAAUAGAGGUGGUGGAAAUGUGUAAAACAUUUCAGGAAAAUGUGCAGAAGCUCUCAGAACAAUAUUACUCACAGCUGCGCAGGCAUAAUUAUGUCACUCCCACAUCCUACUUGGAGCUGAUCCUCACCUUUAAGACACUUCUGAAGUCCAAACGCAACGAGGUGGACACUGUCAGGAACCGCUACCUGAUUGGCCUGGAGAAACUCGACUUUGCCACCUCACAGGUAGCAGUGAUGCAGCAGGAGCUGACUGCUCUUCAGCCUGAGCUGAUCAAAACCUCGGCUGAGACAAAUGAGAUGAUGGUGAAGAUCGAGAAGGAGACGGUGGAGGUGGAUGCAAAGAAAGAGCUCGUAGCUGCAGAUGAGAAAGUAGCUAACGAGGCUGCUGCAGCUGCCAAAGCCAUUAAGGACGAGUGUGAAGGAGACCUUGCAGAGGCGAUGCCAGCAUUAGAAGCAGCUCUUUCAGCCCUGGACACACUGAAACCUGCUGACAUCACAGUGGUGAAGUCCAUGCAGAACCCUCCUGCUGCUGUUAAACUCGUCAUGGAGUCCAUCUGUGUGAUGAAGGGCAUCAAACCGGAGAGGAAACCUGAUGCUGGAGGCUCUGGUAAAAUGGUCGAGGAUUAUUGGGGUCCAUCUAAGAAGUUGCUGGGUGACAUGAAGUUCCUGGAAAACCUCAAAGCCUUCGACAAAGACAACAUCCCAGCGGCCAACAUCAAGAAGAUCCGUGAGAAGUUCAUUGACAAUCCCGAUUUUCAACCUGCACUGAUUAAAAAUGUUUCAUCUGCCUGUGAGGGUUUGUGCAAGUGGGUCCGGGCCAUGGAAGUGUACGAACGAGUGGCCAAAGUGGUGGCCCCAAAGAAAGCGAGGCUCUCCCAGGCAGAGGAGGAGUUGGCAGUUCAAAUGAAGACUCUUGCAGUGAAACGUGGUGAACUGAAAGCUGUUGAGGACCGUUUGAGCUCUUUGAAUGACACGUUUGCUGGGAUGAUGCAGAAGAAAAAGGACCUGGAAGACAACAUCGAGCUGUGCUCACAGAAACUGAUACGGGCUGAGAAGCUGAUCUGUGGACUGGGAGGUGAGAAGGACAGGUGGACCGAAGCAGCACAUUUCUUGGGAAUCAGAUACACCAACCUAACCGGAGAUGUGCUUCUUUCUUCAGGCAUAGUGUCAUACCUGGGGGCUUUUACAGUAGAUUACCGUGUGAAAUGCCAGGAGGAAUGGCAUCAAAUUUGUAUUAAAAAAAAAGUACCAUGUUCUGUAGACUUCACACUUGGCAACACUCUUGGCAAUCAAGUUCUGAUACGGGCAUGGCGGAUCGCUGGGUUACCUGUAGACGCUUUCUCCACAGACAAUGGCAUCAUUGUGUCAAAUUCCCGCCGCUGGCCACUCAUGAUAGACCCUCAGGGACAGGCCAACAAGUGGGUCAAGAACAUGGAGAAGACCAACAAGCUGGCCAUCAUCAAACUUUCAGAUGGCAACUAUGUGCGAAUCUUAGAAACUGCUAUCCAAUUUGGAACCCCAGUCCUCCUGGAGAACGUUGGUGAGGAGCUGGAUGCUGUGCUAGAUCCAGUUCUUCUGAGGCAGACAUUCAAGCAGCAAGGUGUAGAAUACCUGAAGCUGGGUGAGAACAUCAUAGAAUAUUCCCAUGAUUUCCGGUUCUAUAUAACCACCGGGUUGAGGAACCCACAUUACCUGCCUGAAGUGGCCGUGAAGGUGUGUUUGCUGAAUUUUAUGAUCACACCUCUCGGGUUGCAAGACCAGCUUCUUGGCAUUGUUGCUGCUAAAGAGAAACCAGAAUUGUCUGAAAAGAAAAACCAACUUAUCCUUGAGAGUGCAGCUAACAGCAAGAAACUUAAAGAGAUUGAGGACAAGAUAUUGGAGGUUCUCUCCUCAUCUGAGGGGAACAUCCUGGAAGAUGAGACAGCUAUCGAGGUGCUGUCUUCCUCCAAGAUCCUGUCUGAGGAGAUCUCAGAGAAGCAGAAGAUUGCAAGUGAAACUGAGCUGGAGAUUGACCAGACACGGAUGGGAUAUCGCCCUGUGGCUGAGCACUCGGCCAUCCUGUUCUUCUGCAUCUCUGACCUGGCCAAUAUUGAGCCAAUGUACCAAUACUCGCUCACAUGGUUUAUCAACCUCUAUCUUCAAUCCAUCAUUCAGAGUAAACCAAGUGAAGACUUAACUACUCGAAUUAAUAACAUCCUUGAUCACUUCACCGUGAGCAUCUACAACAACGUCUGCCGCUCGCUCUUUGAGAAGGACAAGCUGCUCUUUGCACUGCUCCUCACUGUUGGAAUCAUGCAAGGCAAAGGUGAAAUCGAUGACCUCAUCUGGCGCUUCCUGCUCACUGGUGGUGUUGCACUUGACAACCCACACCCAAACCCCGCCCCCGAGUGGCUGUCGGACAAGGCGUGGUCAGAGGUGGUUCGAGCAUCAAAGCUCCCAGGGCUUGAAGGUCUCUUUGAAGAUGUGCGUGAAAACGUGGCUGAGUGGAAGCGGGUUUACGACUCAAGCCGGCCACAUGAGGAGCUCUUCCCGGGCAAAUGGCACACCCUGGGGGGCAUGAAGCGUAUGACGGUGUUGCGCUGCUUCCGCCCCGAUAAACUAGUUCCUGCCGUGCAGCAGUUCAUUGUGGAGAACAUGGGAAGAACCUACAUCGAACCACCAACUUUCGACUUGGCAAAAAGCUACAGUGACUCCAACUGCUGCUCACCACUAAUUUUUAUACUCUCAGCAGGGUCAGAUCCCACUGCAGUAUUGUUAAAGUUUGCUGAAGAUGUGGAUAUGGGAGGCAAUAAGACCCAGGCCGUGUCCCUCGGUCAGGGACAGGGCCCUGUCGCUGCUAGCAUCAUCAACUCUGCUCUUAGCGACGGAACAUGGGUUGUGCUACAAAACUGUCACCUUGCAACCAGCUGGAUGCCAACGUUGGAGAAAAUCUGUGAGGAGGUGAUCACACCUGAGAACACACACCCUGAUUUCAGGCUGUGGUUGACCAGUUACCCAUGUGAGAUGUUCCCGGUCAGUAUCCUGCAGAAUGGAGUGAAGAUGACUAACGAGCCUCCUAAAGGAUUGAGAGCCAAUCUGCUGCGCUCCUACCUCUCUGACCCGGUGUGUGACCCUACCUUCUUCAACAGCUCCACCCAACCACACGCAUGGAGGAAACUGCUGUUUGGUCUCUGCUUUUUCCAUGCUCUUGUCCAGGAGAGGAGAUCCUUUGGCCCACUAGGCUGGAACAUCCCAUAUGAGUUUAAUGAGUCUGACCUGAGGAUCAGCAUGCGUCAGGUUCAGAUGUUCCUGGAUGAGUAUGAGGAGAUUCCUCUGGAGGCACUGACUUACCUGACUGGUGAGUGUAAUUAUGGCGGCAGGGUGACUGAUGAUAAAGAUCGGAGGCUUCUGCUCUCACUGCUCUCCACCUUCUACUGCUCUGAGCUCAUACAGCAGGACAGAUACAAACUGUGUGAGGGAGACCUGUACUAUGUACCACCACAUGGACCAUACCAGAGUUACAUCGACUACACACGCAGCCUGCCAAUCAUAGCUGAGCCUGGGGUCUUCGGUCUCCACAGCAACGCUGACAUCACCAAAGACAACCAGGAGACCAAUCAGCUGUUAAAUGGAGUGUUACUCACCCUGCCCAGGCAAACAGGGGGAGGAGCCAAAUCUCCUCAGGAAGUGGUAGAUGAGUUGGCAGCAGACAUUAUGUCAAAGUUACCACAAGAUUUCAACAUUGAGAAGGUGAUGGCUAAAUAUCCAGUGAUGUACGAGGAGUCAAUGAACACGGUACUACGGCAGGAGAUCAUCCGCUUUAACAGGUUGACGGAGGUGGUUCGCAGCAGCUUGGUCAAUAUCCAGAAGGCUCUAAAGGGGCAGGUGGUUAUGUCUGCAGAGCUGGAGAACGUAUUUAACAGCAUGCUGGUUGGGAAAGUUCCAACCAUGUGGGCUGCUAAGUCUUACCCUUCACUCAAACCUCUCGGCAGCUAUGUCUCUGACCUGCUGUCCAGACUCCACUUCCUACAGGAUUGGAUAGAUAACGGACCCCCAACUGUGUUCUGGCUCUCUGGAUUCUACUUCACACAGUCCUUCCUCACCGGAGUGUCUCAGAAUUUUGCACGCAAAUACACCAUCCCCAUCGACUACAUCGGCUUUGAGUUUGAGAUGAUGAAGCAAGAGGAGGAGAUGGAGGCGAAGCCUGAGGACGGGGCGUAUGUUCGUGGUUUAUUCCUGGAGGGAGCUCGGUGGGAUCGGGAGCGGAUGGUCAUCGGAGAAUCUCUUCCCAAAAUCCUCUUUAACUCACUGCCCAUCAUCUGGCUGAAGCCUGGUGAGAGCAGCAAAUUCCUGCAUGAAAAUGUGUACGCGUGUCCCGUGUACAAGACGAGUGCGAGGCGAGGCACACUGUCCACCACAGGCCACUCCACCAACUACGUCAUGCCCAUCGAACUGCCCUCUGACCAGCCACAGAAACACUGGAUCAACCGCGGAGUGGCUGCUCUCUGUCAGCUGGACGACUGAGUACACACACACACACACACACACACACACACACACACACACACACACACACACACACACACACACACACACUUCAGUAACAUGUCACAGUGUUGUGAAUAAUAAACAAAUGUAAAUCUUCCUGUCUAA